AUAUAACACAUUCAUGGAUGGGGGAACAGUCAUCUGUUAUGGUGCAGAGAUUACAGACCGUCAAAGGCAUGUAUGUCAAAGGAUAUUUUCAUUUCAUUCAAAUGAUUUGUGAAUAUAGUUGCUUAGACUUAAUGUUUAGAGUAUAUGUCUGUGCAUUUCAGUAAAAUUUAAAUUUAAACAGUGCUGGGUUAGUUUAGUACAUCCUAAACAUCUACACACCAAUUCAUAGUCCAUGUUUGGUCUGUGUGAUAUCAGCAAACAUUUUUGAGAAUCAAAACAAGUGACAAAUAGAUCUACACAGUAGAUUCUAGUGGCUAUGUUUGUCUAACCUAAUGUGUGUAUCAAUCUAGAAAUUACGUAUAAUACAAACCAGUAAACACCAGUCUACCAGUUAGCACAACAGUCAACAAGCACUACUUUUGCUUAGUAGCAGGUUACUACAGACAACAUGCCUAUUGCUCCAAUUGCAUGUCACUGUGUCAAGACUCCAUCAAGAUGCACUGUGCAAUAGUCUAGCAUCUUCCUUCAGACUUGAAGUCAAAUGCUGUCAAUGACUUUCGUAAAAUGUGGAGACCAGUUAAUGUCAAUGUGGAAGAAAAAUUUAAAAAAGGAUAAAGAUUUCCAACAUCCGGUGAGAGAUGUGUUAGGGAACAUUUUCAGCAAGAAAGCCUAAAACAUAUCUUUAAAAUCAAGUUUCUCCCUCAAUCCAUGAGACAUCAGCUGGUCUGUACACGUGAGAAGUGCAUAAAAAACAAGUAACAUUCAUCAUGCUCAACAAGCAUGAAAGUACAGUAAGUGGUGUACAUGGUUAGCCUGGACAUCACCCUGGUCAGGUCCGUAACCAGGAUAACCUCCAGGCUAGUACGUGAUGCGAGGUUAGAAGGUUGUGCGUCACAGUCACAUUCUCUAUGGCUCUUCCAAACCUGCAGGUUGGGCACUCACCCUCCACUAGCGCCCUCAUACAACCAUAGCGGCAGCCCGCACCAGCCUCUAGUACUAGCUGCCAUUUAUCAUGGGGGCCUUCGUCAUGGCAACAAAUAAGAUGCAGAACUUUGGCAUCACUUUAUCAGACAAAUACAAACGCUUUUUGUGCUUUAAAAGUGUUCAAUUUCAGUUUAUAUCAAAAUAAAUUAAAACAUUUUAGAGACAAAACACUGAGGUUUUUAAUGUUAUCUUAACAGUUGAAUACAAAAGAAAUGCAAAUACCAGAGAUCAUUAUAUUUGAUUAGCAUGUGCUUUGAUAUAUUUCUAACGUAACAUUUAAACAAUACAUUCAAAAUGUGAUGAUUGGGUGUUUUGUUCAUGUGCAGGCUACAAAAAUACAAGCUACAAGAAACAUAUACCUAGAUUGGUUACACACGUAUUACUUUAACAGCAAUUUCUUAUACAAUGUAUCCUUCUUUUGAUGAUCACAUAGUCAUUAAAUGGAAAUUUCUGAUUUUGAUAUGCAUAUCUAAAAAAAGGUCAAUUUCCUGUUCUAUCUCUUAUGUUAGCCGCAAAAGGUAUAGCAACAGUUACAGCUGCAUACUUGGCAAUCCUGUCAGUUGGCUGCUGACCAAACCAUAAGUAAACACCUUUUGUGAAAUGUAGACCUGUAAGCUGAGAAGAGAACAAUAGAGCCCAGGAAACCUGAACAAGCCUGCGCUGAUAAGCCUUUAUUUACCACCAUGCCAUGUACCAAGCUGAUGUACCAGGUUACGUUAUGUUGUUAAAGUUUACAACAUUGACUGUUAGAAAAUUUACAGGUUUUGUUGGAUACAAAACAGUAUGGCUAUGAAAGAAGAGUUGCCCAAAUGUAUCAAGGAUGAGUUCCUACAGUGUUGGUUGUGCCUGGACACGUUUAAACAACCCAAGGCUCUUCCCUGUCUUCACACCUUCUGUGAGAGGUGCCUACAGGACUAUGCUGAGGAGAGACCCAAGUUCCUCUGCCCCUACUGUCGAGCUGACACCACACUUCCUGAAGGGGGAGUAACAGCGCUUCCAGACAACUUCUGGAUUGUCAGUAUGAAGGACCUACUUCAUAAACAGGUCCCAACCCAAGGUAACAGUGAGUCAGACUUAAGUAUGUGUAGGGUUCAUGGAAAUGAAGACCUGAGCCACCACUGUAACACAUGUGAUGAUGUCAUCUGUAGAGAGUGCAUCUCCCACAGCCAUAGUCAACACUCAGUGUCCAAACUUGAAGAAGUUAUUGAGAAGAGUCACACAGAAAUAAAUGGUCUCCUGGAAAAGGGCAGGAACAAACUGGAAGAGUACGGAUCUAAAAUAGUUCGACUUUCUGAAGAGGAACAGAGGUUAAAGCUUAACAAACUGAAGGUGGAGAGACAUGUCAAGAUGGCUGCUAAGACUCUGAUUGGCCGCAUUAGAAUCGAGAAGGAAAGUCUGCUGAGACAGAUUCAGGAGAACUACAGCAGAAUCUCAGACUCUGUCAAAGUGAGCAAAACAGAUCAGGAGGAACACAUUGUGGAGUUGAUAUCAACCAUGGACAGGGCUCAUAACACCAUCUCAAGUGAUAGAAGGAACUACAAACCUAUCAAGCAAGUAGAGGAAAAACUUGGCAAGCUUGUUGGUACAGAAGGGGCAGAAAAGAGUCAGUUCUUACAGGGGGAUCACAUGGUGUUUCACCCAGCUGCUGUUGGUAAUAGUCGACAACAUCUGGGCCAAAUUGAGCUAAAUCCUUUGCUAAACCUUCAGGGCCCUACUUUAACAGACACCACAAAACAAGAGGCUUCAACUCAACAACACAGUGAUGAUGGGAUGGCAGGAAGGAAAGAGGAAAUCAGACAGGCAAAAGGCACCGUGCACAUACCUGGUGUGAAAAAGAAAUACAUGUUGGGGAACAGGGGAGAAAGGCAUGGACAGUUUGACCACCCAAGGGGCAUUGCUGUGUCCACAGAUAACCUCAUACUUGUUGCAGACAGUCAUAAUGGGCGCAUCCAGAUGUUUGACUCAAUCUCAUGGAAGCAUGUAAACAGUUUUUCUACAACGCUGAAGGACGAAGACCUCUCCCGUCCGACAGACCUUGCUAUUGGCUCCGAAGGGAAUGUGUACAUUGUGGAUCUGGGAAACAAGUCCGUAAAAGUUUUCAACAGUGAUGGUCGCCACAAACGAACAUUUGCUGAUGCCCUCCUAGUGGACCCAAAAAGCAUUGCAAUGUGUCCUGUCAGUAGCCUCUUGUAUGUGACAGAGUUUUCAAAAAGAAAUGUAAGAGUGUACAGUAAUGAGGGAAAGGCUGUCAGACAUUUUCCUUAUGUCUUGAGUGAAGAGGGUCCGUUUGCCGCAGUAGCACACGUGGCAGUCAACAAGUCAGGUGAGGUCAUCAUCUCAGACGAAGGCAACAACUGCAUCAAGGUCUUCUCAUCUGAUGGACGUCUCAAGUUCAGAAUUGAAGGAGAGGGUAGAAGAGAGAGUGGGGGCUUCAGUUGGCCCAUGGGGGUUUGUGUGGAUGAUCAACAGCGCCUCCUCGUAGCUGACAGGGGUGAGGGAAAGGUACUGCAGUUUGGUACAGAUGGGAAGUUUCUACAGUACCUACUGACACAGAAGGAUGGACUGAAGCAUCCCUAUGGCAUGGGCAUUUCAUCAGAAGGACAGGUGUUUGUGACUGAUGAAGGGAAACAUUGCAUCUUUGCUGUAACCUUUACAUAGUCAGACAUAUCCACAUUUGGAAUGGACUCAUGAUUACCCUGUAAAACAUUGUUGAUAUGAACAUCUAACUGGAAAAUCCCAAGCAGACAAGCCUAGAAACUCUGGGGCUCUUACACUGUGAAGGGCAUCUAGGGACAAAGUAAAAUGGCAGUCAGUUUCAAGUUUUAUCUUGUUACUUUAAAAGGCUGGCAGUUUCUUUCCCUCUAACUGUCAUUCCUAAUAGGUGAACCAAAUUCCCAUUAGUAAGCACUUUACAGCAUUUUAAUACCAGCUUUCUACCAAAAUACCUCAUUCCUGCCUUUUGUUAGAAAAAAAAACUUACGUGAAAGGAAAACUUAUGUGUGUGUGUGUGUGCCAGCAAAGGAAUACAGUCGCACAGAAAUGUAGCUGUCAUUGAAUCAUGCACAUUGGUGCAGUGUGAAAGUCUCAGACUAUACUUUUU